UUUCAGCACCAGGAAAAGUUAUUUUAUUUGGAGAACACGCAGCUGUUUAUGGCAAGACAGCAAUAGCCGGAAGUCUUGACGAAUUACGAACUUAUGCGUUAUUUGAAAAACGACUAGACGGAUACCUUGAAUUGAAUUUGCCAGACCUUGGAAUUCGUCGUGCUUUAUUAUGGCCUACUUCUGCGUUACCAUAUAAUUUAGUAAAUAAUGUUGAAAUCAAAGAACCACAAAAAUUAAAAUUUAAUGAUAUACUUUUACAUAAAAUAAAAUCAAUUUUAUUUGAAGGACAAGAUCAAGAACUUGAUCAUUUACAACAAACAGCUGCUUGUACAUUUCUUUAUUUAUAUACAAAUUUGGAAUAUAAUUCACAAACUUCAUGGAGUGGAAUGACAAUUUAUUUUAGAUCGAAUUUACCAAUUGAAUCAGGAUUAGGAUCAUCUGCUUCAUAUUCAGUUUGUUUGGUUACAGGAUUAUUACUUGCUUUUGGUCAUAUUUUAUCACCUCAUGAAAGUAAUGAACAAGCUAUUAAAAUAUCAAGAGAAUUAAUUAAUUUAUGGGCAUAUCAAGGCGAAAAAGUUAUUCAUGGAUCAUUAUCUGGAAUUGAUAAUACAGUAAUAACUAGUGGAGGUAUUAUAAUGUUCACUGAUGGCGUAUUUCAAAUACAACGUAGUACGAAGACUCUAGUAUCCAAUGUUAAAACAAGACUUGACAAGUUUCCAAAGAUUGUUAAUUUGAUAUUGGAAGCAAUUCACGAUAUUGGUGAAUCAUUUAAAGAAAUUUUAGAAAGUGAAAUAAAGGAUGAUCAAGAAUUUUAUGAGAAAACUGAGGAACUUGUUGAUAUGAAUCAUCACCUAUUAAAUUCGCUUGGCGUAGGUCAUCCAAGUUUAGAUAAAGUCCGAGAAAUAACAGCUCAAUAUGAUUUACAUACAAAACUUACAGGCGCUGGUGGAGGAGGAUGUGCAUUUACUUUUGUUCGUAAUGAUGUAUCAAAAGAACAAAUCAAAGUUGUUAAAAAUGCUUUAAUCGCUUCACCGCAUUGUUUUGAAUGUUAUGAAACGUCACUUGGAGGAUAUGGAGUUGGAGUAUUGGAUGCGAGUAAUGGUAUAGGUAUACAGGAAUUCAUGAAAAUUGAAAAGAAUAAACUUACAGAAAUUAUUGGAUGGAUGUAUUUUGUCUAA